CUUUGAUGGGGACCUCGACAUUAAGCAGGGAAAAUGCCUGUGAUGAAGGGAUUAUUAGCGCCACAGAACACGUUUCUGGACACUAUAGCCACACGGUUUGAUGGCACUCACAGUAACUUCAUCCUGGCCAAUGCACAGAUGUCAAAGGGCUUUCCCAUUGUCUACUGCUCUGAUGGCUUCUGUGAACUCACAGGAUUUUCUCGGACAGAGGUCAUGCAGAAGAGCUGUGCCUGUAAGUUCCUGUAUGGGCCUGAGAGCAGUGAAAGCAUCAUCCUGAGCAUUGAUGAGGCUUUGGAGGAGCGUAAGGAAUUUAAAGAUGAGAUCAUGUUCUACACAAAGACAGCUGCUCUGUUCUGGUGUCUCCUGGACAUUGUGCCCAUUAAGAAUGAGAAGGGUGAUGUGGUGCUGUUUCUGGCCUCAUUUAAGGACAUCACCGACACUAAAGCCAAAGCCAUCCAAGAGGACAAAAAAGAAGAGCGACGACGCGGCAGGGUGAAAACCGGCUCUUCAUUCAGCUCUGCUCGGCUGCGAGGCAGCACCGUGCUCUACCACAUCUCUGGUCACCUCCACAGCAGGGAGAAGAGCAAGAUUAAAAUCAACAAGAAUGUGUUUGGGGACCCACCUGCUCUACCAGAAUAUAAGGUUGCAGAUGCCAAGAAGUCCAAAUUUAUAUUGCUUCACUACAGCUCAUUUAAAGCAGGUUGGGACUGGUUGAUUUUGCUCGCCACCUUCUACGUUGCUGUGACAGUGCCCUAUAAUGUGUGUUUUAUUGGCGAUGAUGAUGAUCUGACCCGCAGCACCACUGUCAGCGAUAUUGGUGUGGAGAUUCUCUUCAUCAUAGACAUUAUUUUCAAUUUUCGCACCACUUUCGUCAGCAAGUCCGGCCAGGUAAUCUUUGAUGCUCGGCAGAUAUGCAUCCAUUACCUGACAACAUGGUUCAUCAUCGACCUGGUGGCUGCACUGCCUUUUGACCUGCUCUAUGCUGUCAAAGUCAGCGUGGUAUCCGUGGUGCACCUUUUAAAAACCGUCCGUCUGCUUCGCUUGCUGAGGCUCCUGCAGAAGAUGGACCGCUACUCGCAGCACAGCACAGUGGUCCUCACCCUGCUCAUGUCGAUGUUCGCCCUUCUGGCCCACUGGAUGGCCUGCAUCUGGUACAUCAUCGGCAAGAUGGAGAUGGAGGCCAAUGCCUACAGCUGGGAUAUCGGGUGGCUCCAUGAGCUUGGGAAGCGUUUGGAGGCUCCUUACGGGGGCAUAGCAGAAGUUAACACCACUGGCAGUGGUCCCUCCAUCCGCAGCGUCUACAUCACUUCACUCUACUUCACCCUCAGCAGCCUGACCAGUGUGGGCUUUGGCAAUGUGUCUGCCAACACUGACGUUGAGAAGAUAUUUUCUGUUUGCAUCAUGCUCAUUGGAGCACUGAUGCAUGCCUUAGUCUUUGGCAAUGUGACAGCCAUUAUCCAGAGGAUGUACUCCCGCUGGUCUCAGUACCACACCAGGACCAAAGACCUCAAGGAUUUCAUACGUGUCCAUCAUCUGCCUCAGAGCCUCAAGCAGCGAAUGCUCGAGUACUUUCAGACGACCUGGUCGGUCAAUAAUGGAAUUGACUGUAAUGAGCUGCUAAAGGACUUUCCAGAUGAGCUGCGAUCCGACAUCACCAUGCAUCUUAACAAGGAGAUCCUGGAACUGUCAUUGUUUGCCUCCGCAAGUCGCGGCUGCCUACGCUCGCUGUCACUGCACAUUAAGACCUCCUUUUGCACCCCAGGGGAGUACCUCCUCCGACAGGGCGAUGCUCUCCAGGCCGUCUUCUUUGUCUGCUCGGGGUCCAUGGAAGUGCUGAAAGACGGAAUGGUGUUAGCCAUCCUGGGUAAAGGUGACCUGAUUGGAGCGAACCUGUCAUUAGACAACCGUGUGAUAAAGACCAACGCAGAUGUGAAAGCCUUGACCUACUGUGACCUGCAGUGUAUCAACUUGAAAGGGCUCUAUGAGGUGCUGGACCUCUACCCUGAAUACUCUCACCACUUUGUCCAGGACAUCCAGCUGGACCUCACAUACAAUCUGAGGGAGGGACAUGAGACACAUUCUGGGGUAAGAAGAAACGGGCGCGUGGUUCAGGGCCAUCCUACACUUACUGAGGCCCAGGAAGAACAUGAGGAGGAUGAAGACGAGGAGGAGUCUGUAUCUCUUUUGAUGGAGCACAACCGAGCUGAGAAUCUCGGGGACAGUGUUGGGAAGUCUCCUCUCUGCCAGCCCCGCCAGAAGACCAUCACGCACAGCUCGGGUCGGUCUCAGAAAAACCAACAGGAAAUUAUACCAACUACACUAGACCAUUCUAACCUCAGCCCCAGGAUAGUGGAUGGUACUGAAGACAGUGAGGGAACAGAAACUUCCCAGAAAUUCUCCUUUUCCACCAGCCUUGGCUGUCCUGUCAGUGAACCGACCAGUACCUCAACGUCGACCCGAGAUAUGCUUCACAUCAACACAACAGAAUUAGCAGCAAAAGCAGAGGAGACCAGGGGACAACUGCGACACCUCGACCAGCAGGUGAGCACCCUCCGAAGGGAGGUAGCCGACCUCGGGCAUGUCAUGAAGAGAAUGGCCACACUAAUGGAGAACCUCACGCCAUCAGUGCCCCAACCUUCGAUAAUCUGUCCUACGCAGUACUCCCCAGCACACCACACAUACCUGUACUGUCCAUCCCCUCCUCAGUCCUGCCAUUCACCAUCUAAGGCUGCCUCAAUCUGGACAGACCCACCCAUGCCAUUGCCCUGCUCAUCUCUCACAAUCUCCCAGCAGCAUACCGCGAUGUGUUACGCGGACUCUUUGACGCACAGGCAGUUAGUUUAUCCAGCUAUUCCCAGGUCAACUCCUUGUUUAACUCCAGACUUAUCAACUUGGCAACCAGAGCUGUCCUCCGCCAUCCCAGAACCCCCGACACCUUCUGGCUCUAUCAGGUUAAGGGUACACAAUUCACCUUCGCGGGAUGGGGGGGAUAAGGACCCUCAUAAGAGCCCUGGAUGCUCUUCUCAAACUGGAUCCAUAAGUCUCUACCCAAAUCCAAGCCAGGGUUUAUAACAAUCUUCCGUAGAACUUCCCUGGACUUCCCAGGACAAUUUCCAGGACAUUUUUUUGGGAUAUUCCUGAACUACAUAGGAGAUAGUUCAGCUGUGGUCUCCAGUAUCACGGCAAGGCAUCCACAGUAGGAGAAUGCAACAAGCAGUUCUGUUUGUUUCAUAAGCUUUUAAAAAUCCAAUUGCAUGAGAUCAGGAACUGAGUGUUUAGGUGUAUUAGCUUUAACAUAUAAAAAUGUAGUGUCCUUACAUUGCAUGUAGAGAUUUAAGUCAGCUUGGGAGUUUUAGGGUGGUAGAUUUAUGGGUAAGGGUGAUCCUUAAUUCCCUGUUCCUGCAACUUGAGGCCCCUUGAACAGGAUUCUGCCGUAAUGGAGAAUGAGACAAUAACAUCGGAGAAGACAGCCAUGGUCUUGGCUCUCCUUUUUCCUCUUGUUCUGCCAAUUAACCCUUCUUUCCUUGCUCACUCGAUCCUCGUUGGGUCCUCUGGCUGCGACAGAACAAUGUAUGACCGGUUGAAUCUGGAAAUAGGACUGUUCAAAGAGAGAUGGGGUGUCUUAUGCUCUUUACCCACCUACUGUUGAAAUGGUGCUGGUUGUGGCGGGGGACUCAUGUUGUGCCCUGAGCAACACAACCCCUGCCGUGGUCUGCCAUACUGAGCACAGGGACUCUUUGCCCCCCUACUUUGUCUCUCUUUCC